AGUUUUUGUGCUCAAAACGUUGGUUUUUCGGUUUGUUACUCAUUGCAGUUUGCGGAUUUUCCUUUGUUAAGCAUUUGUUUUGCGGCUUUCGCGAAAAAUACUAACGGGUUUUCGGUUUUUCUUAUUUGACCGAUUUGGGUUUCGGUUUCUCUUCGAUCUGAGCGGCAAUCACGCGCCUCCACUGAUCUAGAACAGCCGCUAAACGAAAAUGUUAUUGAGAGGAAUGCGUGACAAACCAAAUUGAAAUAUCGCAGGGAUCGCUAGGGGGUUCACGCGUCUUGAGUGACGCCCUAGACUUCGACCUCGCAUUGUGGAGGAUGUAGGUCAUGGCGGAUCAGUUUGCGAACCAUGUCUUCUAACGUGCUAAACGCGCCGGCAACGGAAGAAGGUCAAGGACCUUAAGAGGCAAUUGUGGAUUGUGUCGCGUUUUUUUAUGAAGUGGGGGAAGGCGGCGAGAAUUUCAGAAAGAAAAACAAGUUUAGAUGCAAAGUAAAAGAGGAAGAGAGAAGCUAAUGCACAAGCAUAAAAACAGUGUUUGAUAGUCACAUCGACAGAGUCAACAAGGAAUUACAAGAGCUUGGUUACAAACCUGGAGAUCCUUUGAAAGUGGACGAUGUCAACAAGUUUGAUCAGAUGCACUAUUAUGGUAGCAAGGCAGUUGAUGAGGCAAUUAACAUGCUAGGAAUAAGCUCAUCUCACAAGGUCCUUGAUGUAGGCUCAGGUCUAGGGGGUCCUGCGCGACAUUUGGCUCACACCACAAAUUGCUCUGUCACUUGUCUGGAGCUUCAAGAGGAUCUUCAUGCAAGUGGUGAAAAUUUGACAAGGAGAUGUAAUUUACAGGACAAAGUGACCCACAUAUCAGGAGAUUUUCUCAAAAUGGACUUAGGUGAUGGCUGUUUCGAUUUUAUUGUCUCUUGGCUGGUUUUUCUCCACAUCCCAGACAAACAGAGUUUAUUUGAACGCUGUUUUAAUAACUUGAAACCAGGUGGAAAAAUUUUUAUUGAGGACUUCUAUCAGAAAUCAGGUGUAGUUUUGACCGAGGACGACUUGAGAAUAUACGAACGUGACUUAUACAUGAGCAAACUCGCUGAAAAAGAUGCUUACAUGAGUCAGGUCAAGGCAGCAGGCUUUACUGAUGUUCAGUUCGAUGAUCUUACCGAGUCUUACCUGUCGUUCGUAUCAAACAGACACCAGGAAUUUUGCAAACAGAGGGAACGCCAUGUGAGGGUGAUAGGGGAAGAUGCGUUUGAUUCCUUAGAAUAUUUUUAUUCAAAAACUCUUCACGUAUUCACAAAAGGCAUUACAGGAGGUUGUCGUGUUAUUGCGACUAAACCAGCUGUGUAGCCAUAGUUCAUAGUUUCCUCAACAAACUGUGUUUACAUUGUGACCAGUUUUCAGAACAGUGUCGAGUUAAGAAAUAGAUUCCAUGUUGCCACGCCAAAAAAAAAAAGAAUAAAAGAAAAUGUC